GCCUCUCGAAUUAAAAAAUCUCCUUUUUUCCUCAUUUAAAAUGACAAGUGUCUGCCGCUACAGUCAAAGUGUUGACGUCAACGCCUAGGUGACGCAGUUCCAUCCGGAUACAGCUGAUUUAUCAAAGGCGCAUUAUCCCACUGGUUAUAUUUUCCAGUGAGAUGUGAUUUUUAUAACUUAAGGAUCAUUAAAAAAUAAAUAAAAACAUUCGAAUGAAGUUUGAUCGAGGAAGUUUAUCCGGCUUUUCUGGGGGAUUUUUUUUGUAGGACUUAUCAAUUACGUGGGAUUAUCAAACACUCCUAGACAUCGUGUGUCAAUCGAGACGCUGUUAGACGCCAUGAUGGUAGGUGGAACUUGUUAUCACUUCAUCCUGGCCGGCUGUGUUUUCCACGUUAACAUUUAGCUCUGAGAACUCCGUAAAUUCUCGGGAGUGAAGUUUAAAAAUUGCUGAAGGUUUCUAUUCAACUUAAAAUGUUGCAGGACGGUAUAUGUGAUAACGCUGAUAUCCUCAAUAGUGCACCGCCGAAGAAGGUUAUCCAGGCGGAUAAUAUUGACCUGUCAGAUAAGUCACUGCAGGUGGAUAUAUCAGAUGCACUGAGUGAAAAGGAUAAAGUCAAAUUCACGGUGCAUACGAAAACGACUUUACCUAAUUUUCAAAAAUCUGAGUGUCUGGUUGUUAGGCAGCAUGAAGAGUUUGUCUGGCUGCAUGAUAGAUUCGAGGAAAGCGAGGAAUAUGCUGGAUACAUCAUUCCUCCGUGUCCACCAAGGCCGGACUUUGAUGCUUCCCGUGAGAAACUGCAGAAGCUUGGCGAGGGCGAGGGCACCAUGACAAGAGAAGAAUUCUCGAAAAUGAAGCAAGAGCUUGAAGCUGAAUAUCUGGCGACAUUCAAAAAAACUGUGGCCAUGCACGAGAUGUUCCUAACCAGAUUGGCACACCACCCAGUCUUUCGAAAUGAUGACUAUCUCCGAGUAUUUCUGGAGUACGACCAGGAUCUCUGUGUCCGCGGGAAAAACCGAAUCGAAAUGUUUGGAGGUCUGGUAAAAUCUUUCUCGAAGACAACCGACGAAUAUUAUCUGUCAGCCACCGUCAAAGACGUCAACGACUUCUUCGACCAAGAGAUGAUAUUUCUUCAGCACUACCACAGUAACUUGAAAGAGGCGACCAGUCGAUCCGACCGUCAAACGCUGAAACACAAGGACGUGGCCGACUCCUACAUCAAGAUAUCAACGAAUUUACUGCAACUAGCAACCACCGACUCGGGAAAACUCGAGAGAUUUCUCACUAAAAUUGCUGAGACCUUCGAGAAAUUGCGCAAAAUAGAGGGUCGUGUUGCCUCUGAUGAGGAUCUCAAAUUAUCAGACACUCUUCGUUAUUAUAUGCGAGAUACAGCUGCGGCCAAACGACUGCUCUUCAGGAGAUUAAAAGCGCUCCACACCUACGAAACUGCGAAUCGCACUCUAGAAAAAGCUCGAGCUCGUAACAAGGAUGUCCAUGCGGCGCUGGAGGUUGCAGAGGCUGAGAAAGCACAAACCGAGGCUUGUGAGAAAUUCGAGCAGAUGUCAGAUAAAGGGAAAGAAGAGCUGACGGAUUUUAUGACGCGGAGAAUAGCUGCCUUCCGUAAAAAUUUAAUCGAAUUAACUGAAUUGGAAAUUAAGCAUGCCAAGGCUCACGCUGAUAUGCUCAAGAAAUGUCUCCUCUUCCUUCGAGAAGAGUGAUUCAGUCUCCCGACAAUCCUGUGAAAAAUAUUAAUGAGGAUGAUAAUGGAGAUGACGAGGAGGUGGAUAACUCGGGUGAGGCACUGGUGGUGCGUUUAUUCAACACGAUAUGUACAAUAUAUUUUCUGUUACUUGCAAUGUCGAUUCAUAAUUAAAUGAAUAAUGCCGAAACGAAGGGAUUUGCAGCAGCAAAGUGACUUUUUUACGAAGUAGAAUUUCUAACAAGGAUAUGCAGAUGGCUAAGAAUUUGCUAGUACAGUUAACAGCAAAGUGCUUUAAUAACGAAAGUACGAUUUAACUACGAAAAUUAAAUAAUUGUUAAGAGUGUAAUCUCUUUUUUUGCAUUAUUGAUACGAAUUUGUAUGAAAAUAUAAUUCCACUAGGACGUUCUAAGAUGA